GCUCUCCCCGCUUCUUGCGUCCUGCUACGUCACUGUUUAAAAUUCUAUACAGAUGUAAUUAACGGCCAUCGAGCAGGAUAUUAGUCGCAGUCAAUAAUCAUCUUUUGAUUAGAUCUGUCACUUGAUCAACGGAGAGUCCGUGCUCUUUAUCCACACGAGCCACCCGGUUAGAGGAGCACUCGGAAAGGGAGCGCGGCAGAGCCGGUAUCGAUCUGAGCGUUUCGUGUGGCCGCUCGUGCACGACGUUUCUCGGGAUAUUCGCCUAGCGGUCGCCGUCGGCGCCGGCCUUGUAAACAGUGCAUUACGCGCCGCGUUUACCUAUUCCACCCGCGCGAUCAUGAACGCCGAAGCUAAUUAAUAUCGCGGUGGACGCAUCUGAAGAGUGCCUAACUCACAUUUGACUUCAUUCUUGAUUGAUCUCUAAAAGCGGACUUUAUAAGAAAGCAAGAUGGGCUGUUUCGUCAGCAAAGACAAACUCACCAAGGAAGACAUGGACUUCCUCAAAACGCACACAUCGUACGAUGAGACUACCAUCAAGGAGUGGUACAAAGGUUUUAAGCAAGACUGUCCGAACGGGAGGCUGACGCCGGCAAAAUUCGUCGAUAUGUACAAGAUGUUCUUUCCAUCUGGAAAUGCAGUCGAAUUCUGUGAUCAUGUGUUCCGCACAUUUGACAUGGACAAGAACGGCUAUAUAGAUUUUAAGGAAUUCCUGCAGGCGAUUCACGUUACAUCGAGUGGCACGCCUGAAGAAAAGCUUAAAUGGGCCUUCCGCAUGUAUGAUGUAGAUGGCAACGGAGUCAUUGACAUCCAGGAGAUGACCAAAAUUGUUCAGGCGAUCUACGAUAUGCUCGGCGCAUGUUCGAGUAACCGCCCCGCCGAUUCCGCCGAGGAGCGUGCCAAGAACAUCUUCGCUAAAAUGGACGAAAACAAUGAUGGCCAGCUCACGCAAGACGAGUUCCUCAAAGGCUGUCUCCAGGACGAAGAGCUCUCCAAGAUGCUGGCCCCUUAAGUGGCUCCCGGCUCACACAGCCCGCGGUCCGGCCUCACCACCCACCCCUUCACUGUACCUCACGAUAACCCGACGGCGUGCUCCUGUAGACACGACAGCAAUCUAUGAGGCAUAAAGUAAUCCGGUUACCCGAUUUAUCGUAACCGACACUCCUUUUUGGUGAGAGAUAUAUGUAUAGAGUACGGAUUAAAAACCAUUACUCAUUUGUAAAUAUUUUUCAUAAUUUAUGCACACUAUUUUAUGAACGCGGUUUAUUUUAACACAAUUGCGUGCUAUCCAGUCAAUUACUAAUGAUUUUUGAGAUUAAUUUUAUUUAUUGUUACAAAAUGUAUUUCUUAUCAACUCAUUUAGUAUUUGCAUAGCGACGUUUGUCUUUCGGAGAGUAAUUAUUAAGUGAUGUUUGUGUGGCUGUCGUGUCGGCACGGUUAACUACGAAGUGUACACAGUAUCCGUGAUAAUUGACAUUGUAAGCGCAGCAGCCGCUAGCGCGAAGUGCAGCCUUCGUUCUCAUUGGUAAAACCCGUCAUAACUAUAAACUCCCAUGCCCUACAUCCAAUAAACUCCCAUGAACAACGUGAGUACUGGGAGACAGUUUAAUGCUGAAGUAUAUAAAUAUACAAAUGGUGAGAAUAGUUUUCGAAUAAAAGACAGAAGUUAAAUUAUUAGAAAUUAGAGGCGGUGAAUUUUAUCGAUAGCGAUAGCUGCGCUUCCUCAUUCACAUCAUCCACACCGAGCUUUUCCAAUACGUGUUUAAUAUAUAUUUGUGAAAAGAUAUUUGUACUUAGCGAAUAUUAAUGUAACGAACAUAAAGUCAAUGAAUUCUUGAAUAUUAAAAAAUAUUGAAAUGUCCAUUCCUAUUUGAUAAAGUUAAUGUAUGUGAACGGUAAUUGUAUAAGAAGUAUUACAUUUCUGUCGCUGUCGGACUGUCCUAUCCUAUAUUUAAAAGUAUUGUAUCCGAACCACUCACCUUUCGCAUAGGUCUACCGCUCGUAGGUCACAUUCUAACUGUCCAGCCUUGUCCCUUAACACAUUUCUACUACCUAUUAUUUAGGGUCGAGUAGGCUCAGUGCCCGCUACCAACUUAAACUUACAUAUAAUACGUAUUUUGCUAUCAGUAGUCACGAGAUCUCCUUGGCCAACAAGAGAGGUUAGUGCUCAGUCGAGAACUCCUGUAUGCACACGAGCAUGCACCGCUGAAACAAACGUAACAGUUUUUUUGGAGUCAUUACAAGAUGCAUCAUUAUAUUUCUUUGAAAGUAAAUCAAUGUUCAAAAUGCCUGCUUUUGACUCAUUUACUCAAUUACAUUUCAAGUAUAAUUUCUGAUGAGUUAUGGGUUGUUACUGGAUUUGGUUUUGGGAAACUGUUUUAGUAUGAUCGAAGUGGAAUGCGCGAUAAUCGGCACACAAUCGGCGACAGAAACAGCUGUGUGUGUGGCGCUCACAUCACGUUAGGUUCUUAACUCACUUCGUUGCAGUUUUCGCAAACAGACUAUCCCAUUCUUAUUACUAAUUAUAGCCAUUUUUAUAUUGUUGUAGUAUUCAAAGGUAUACAAUAAAAUAUCUGGCGAUACUUUUGUUGACAUCAUUGAUCAAAUUGUUUCCACACUACUGUGCCUUCUAGCUCUCUUUGUAAAUAGUUAUCAUUCAUUUGUCAUUCGUCAAUUGACUUUUUCCUUACGACUGUUAAUAUUUAUUGCAUUUCAUAUUUUAUUGUUUACUUUUUUCGGGUUUUUACUUUUUGCAAAACUAUUAUUAGAUCCCGUGUUGAACAUAGUUUUACCAACCAUUCGCAUUAGUAGCAGACCAGCAGAAUACAUAUACACAUCCCCUCCUUCGGGGCGAUAAUGCUAGCAUAAGUAAAAUAUAGUAGGUACUGUACUUGUGAUUCCUUCGAUUCUUCUAUAAAGACAUGAGUGGUUGGCCAUAUUGUAGGUAUUUCUCAUUUACUUAAAACUAAGGGGUCGCAAUAUUUUAAACACGUUGAAACAGUUGUACGAGUAAUUAUUAAUUGAGCUAAUGUUUCGUUUUAAUCUUGAGUAUUUUAUUUCAAAUACGCGCAACUAACGGUUCAAAGUACAAAGUAAACGAACGCACAAAUUGCUAAGAAUAGCAACGGGAAGAACUCGCAUUACAGUUGAGAUGACCUCUAAUCCCUAAACCAAUAAAUCUGGUCUUCGCUGAUGAAGGCAAACGUUUUUUAGACUGUCGAAUGGUACAGUCAGCGGCAGAAGUUGCUAAGCGGGCGAGGUAUUCAAAAUUACCUUAACACGCUCUUAUUUUCUUAACAAUAAAGUCGCGUCAAGAUCAUUUUGAACGCCUGGCCCGCUUAGCAACUUCUGCUGCUGACUGUAUAUGUUGAUGGUCUACUACAUAAACAUUAGACAUUGCUUUUUAUAAAAUUAUGUGAUUUUAUAUUUGGUAUUUACCGAAUUUGUAAUGAAUGAAUACAUAGUGCUAUGUAGUUGCCUAAGGCGCAUAUCGAAUGAGGAUUAUUUUUAUGAUAAUUUUAAUCUUAGUAGGUAUUCUUGUGAUUUUCAAUUCAUUUCAAUAUCCCUGGGACAUGGAGUUGAACUAUACGUGUUAUGAAAUUAUGAUAACAUGAAAAUAUUUAUUCAUUAGUUAUGUGUACAGUCCCGAAUCGUACCUAAUUCAAAAACACAAGACGCGCCUCUAAAUUUAAAAGUAAACCCAAAAAGGAUUAACGAACGUCCUAGUUCAGAUGAGUAUUGAAAGUCUAGAGCCCGUUUCAGGAAUACCAUAGAAAUCAACAAUGAUUGUAUUGAGAAACGGACACCUGGUCUUUUGUAAAGAAUCUGUAGAAUAUUUUAUUUAAUACAUUCCAAAUACUUUGUAAGUCUGACAAUACUUUUUCGUUAUUACCUAUAACGUGUUCUGCAAGCAGCGCAAAAUGUUCUUUUUAUACCUUGAGUGCUCCUACCGGGCAUUCAUUCUGAGUUUCAUCAGAUUUUACUCUACUCGUAGUGUCUGUCAAGAUAAUCUAUGUCAUUAAAUUAAGUUUAUGUUGACGAAUCUCAUGUGGGUGUGUAACCCAUAAUAUCAUUAUCAUUAAUAAACCUAUCAUUUAGGCUUAAUUUUAUUUCUGUACCGCCAGCUUUCAAGUGCGGCAAGUAUUUAUGUUGAGUACGGCCUACGAAAAUGUUGAAAAGUUUUUGUCAUACACCGCUUUUUAUCACAUAAACUUUUUUUACAUAGAUGUUCCUUUUAGAACGUGAUAUCUAUUUAGCUAUGCUCAACAUUUUCUUACGUCGACUAUACUCAAGAUGCAAGUUCACAAACCAUGGUAUAGACGCUACAUACCUACAUAAUUAUUCUGUAGGAUAGGUAUUUUAUUGAACACUUCACCGAUACAUGUGCAUCUUUUGUAUCAUUAAACCAUUACUUAGUUUAGUAUUAAAGUCUUUUUAGAAUUUAUUUUCAAUGGUAUAACACAAAAAUGAAAUGACUGAAUUUAUAAAACUAGGGAAGAGGGAUCAAUGAUACUCAUUCGGACCUGAAAAUAGCUCGCAGACAGGGUCUUGUGUAACAUAUCACAGCAUUAUUUAACCAUUGAUUUUAUUCUGAACGCUGUACAAAAAUCUGCGAUUCAAAAUCGUAUGUACACGCGCAGAUUCUCUCCAAUUUAUUUGCACACGCUCACAAGCGGCUUUACAUUGGAAUGAAUUAAUACAUAUCUCAUCAAUUGAGAAGUUACACUUCAAAUUCUUGGUCAAUUAGUGUCAUUACUCUGUUGUGUCAUUAUCGCGACCCAAGCUUAUGCAUCAGUGGUUAUAAUUGUAUUACAAAAACUAUUAAGUAGUCAGUAUUAGUAAUUAGCUGUAUGUACUUACUCGUUCCCACAUGACGACUUCUAUCUCGCCACUCACAGAGAUGUCUCAGUCAUCUUUAACUUACCUAAUAACUUGCACAUUUACAGCACGGAUCUAUUAAGAGCAUAUUUGUACUUAAUUAUAGAAAUGUCUCAUUCUGUAGCAAUAUCUUAAUGUAUAACUUUGCUUUUCUUCUAUAUGCUUCAAAAUAUGAAUGUGCCAUGUAUGUUGCCAUAAGUAACGUAAGCCACAAUCGAAAACCAAAAGGGCGAUUGUUGAAUUAAUUUAGCACAUGACUACAAUAAGCACAUCUAAAUUAACUAAUAUAAAAAAUGUAAACAUGUCGAAAACGCUACUCUGUAGACAUUUUGUUUAUGACCUGAAGAAAUUCCGCGAGUGACGCAAGUCGAUUGGCGAACCGAUGAACCGAUGUAGGCCCUCUUUAUUAUGUGAUAAAUAAGAAUUAAUCUAGCUAUAGUCAUUAUGACAUUAUGUUAUGCCAGCUGUAUAUUUUUUGUGUAAGUAUUUGUGCUGCAAAUGCAGUAGCUACGAGAAGAAUGUUUGCAUGGAUAGCCAACAAUAUUCUCCCAUUUCUGAUAUUUGGCUGCACAGAACGGCCUACGACAACUUUAAAUUUCUAUAUUUCUGUACUUUUUCUUAAUAAUUUCAAACUUUUAUACCUAUUGCAUUUGUGUGCCACGAAUUUUUUCAUGGUUCAACUGUACCCAGUAAAGUUGUUUCAAUAAAAAAAAUCUAAGUACCAUGAAGCUACUUUAAUUGGCGUUAAUUGUGAUAUUAAAUAUUCAUUCAUCCUGCAAACAAGCGUGAAAGGGAAAACUAUCGCGGACAUCUGGUUUUUCAAUAAAAAUAAUUGAUUUUUAUUUGCCGUAAAACAUUUUUUUUAAAUUUAAAAACAGAGUAGUAUUUAUCGCAUUAUAUAAACAUACUUAGAUCUCCUUUUUUAAGUAGUUACCUAGUUUAAUAUACUUACUACACCAAAGUGGUGUGGCGUCAAACAUAUCUGUGCAAUCCCAAGAUAUUUGUUCAUAUUUUCUUCACAUCACAACGUGUAUACUUAAUUAAAAAACGUGAAUAUCGAAUCGCAUGGACGCCUCGCCACAGUUACGCCAUGAUAAUGUAACAAAAUGAUACCUUAAUACACAUGUAUAAGGGCCCGCUGUACCAAACCGUCCGUCAACGUCAUUGGGUGACAGCAGCCGCCAUCAUUUUUGGCGUAAAUCAGUUCGUUGAUGUGCAUGGUGCAACUUGCCCUUAAACUACCAAACUAUCAGAUUAUAAUGUUUUCACCACUUAAGGGGCUCCAUAAGGCAAUCAACUAUUUACAGUUUUACAUCUGUUAGAAUAUGAGACUGCUAAGGUUUCAAUAAACUAUAUUAUUACAAUUUAUUUAUUAAAUACUCUCGAACCACAUCAUUUAGCUUUUGUGGUAGAUAUUUGACCUAUCCUGAUACUUAUUAUUACAUUUGGCUGUCUGUACUUAUUGUAAGUAUGCAUGAAAUAAAAUUAGGCAAAUUUUAAUUUAUGUUUUCUAGAUAUAUCUAGAAAACAAACAUUUGUUUUUCAUAUUGACUGUAUGUGUAGGUAUACCUACAGUCAAUAUGAAAAACAAAAAUUCUAUUCAAAUUAAAACACCAUGAUUCGAGACAGCAUUCAAAAAGGAGCCCUUUAGUUGGUAAAUAUUUUAGAUAAUCAACAUAAACACUUAAAUGAUUGUAACUAAAUUGUAUCAAUUAUUCACAGUUCAUAAACCAUGUUAUAAUUUGACUUGCCCCUGUUGUACAUUAUGUCUUGACGAUUGCAAUUCUAUCCAAAGUUACUAUUCUAAUAAAAGAUAUCUAAGUCUGAACCAAUGUUUAAGUAUUUACAGCCUUCUCAUUAUUUACCGAAGCAAUGAUCUGUCGUUAGAAAUGUAACGUAGAGUAUAUCCGGUGUCAUAAUUAUAGUGUUAUAGAUAGGCACGUAAACUAGAUGAAGUAACCACUGUGUCCCCAUGAAGUCUCUGUUGUAUUUCUAAGAAUAAAUAUUUUUAUUGAUUCACAUUUUGCCUAUUCAUGUAUAAUAUACAAAAUACAAAAAUAGUUCUUAAA